UGUCCUGCAGCCCUGCCCAAGGAGCUGCCUCCCGCCUGGGCUGGGCCGGGGAGCGGGGCCGGGCAGGUGCUUGUUGUCCCCGGCGGGAAGAUGGAGGCGGCGGGCGGGGAGCGGUGAUCGCCGCGGGCUGCGCCGCUCGCCUCGCUCGGGGCUCCCCAGACAUGUUCAACCAGCAGCAGUUCCAGCAGCAGCUGCUGCAGCUCCAGCACCUCCUCCAGCAGCAGCAGCAGCAGCACCAUCACCACCCUCCGGCGCAGCAGGGAGGCCGGGGUUUGCCGCCGCCACAGCAGCAACAGAUGCUGAGCUUACGGGCAACAAAUCAGCCCUCGCUGCUCAGUGCCAAUCCUAUGCUUCAGCGGGCCUUACUCAUGCAGCAGAUGCAAGGAAACCUGCGUGGAUUUAACAUGACGGCGCCAGCACUGCAGCAGUUCUUCCCUCAGGCUACAAGACAUUCCCUCCUGGGACCACCACCUGUUGGGGUCUCCUUGAAGCCUCGGCUGGGCUUCCCCAGCCUCCCAUUCCAGCGGCAGAACCGGACCUUCCGCAAGGACUUCCAGAGGGUUCCUGACAGGAAGCGGGAACUAGAUCCUGGUUCUUCAUCUCAGACACAAGGUGAUGACAAAAUGGAAAUUGCAGAGGGAAUGCAAGCAGGCUCGGAGCAGAACAAUUCCUCACCAUCCACAGAGCCAAGAACUCCAGCAGAGUCUGUGUUGAACACUGAGCCUGCAGCAAAAAGACUGAAGAGUGUGACUGGCGAGUCUGCGUUAGAGGAUGCCACAGACAGCAAGAAAGCAGGAGUCUCAUGCACCCAUGUCCAAGCUGAUGGUACAGACAAUGCAAAGGAGUACACAGCUGAAGAUCUCUCCAGAGAGAGGAAAUUCUCUGAGGAACCGAAGGCUCCUGAGGUGUUGAGCUCUGGAGGUUCACUGAAAGUGACUAUUCAGCAGAGCAGUGAGAGCAGAGCUAUCAGUACAACAGCUCUGAAACCAGGGCACUGGGCCUGCGACGUGGGCACAGCUGAUCCCAACCCAGAAUCAGUCCUUAAAUUCUACUGUUACAUCUGCAAGACCAAUUGCUGCAGUCAGCAGAAUUUCCAAUCCCACAUGGCUGGAAUUCAGCACCAGCAGCGACUUGGGGAGAUUCAGCACAUGAGCAAUGUUUGUUUUGUUUCACUAUUGCCCAUGGUGAAACAGCAGAAGGUGCUAGCAGGAAAAGAUGGAGAGACCCAGCAGCGGUGGUGUAACACGUGUCAGGUGCAUUUCACAGGGGACCUCAUCAAACAUCGCAGGACCCAGGAGCACAAGCUGGCCAAACGCUCGCUUCGUCCUUUCUGCACAGUCUGCAGCCGCCACUUCAAGACCCCCCGCAAGUUUGUGGAGCAUAUGAAGUCCCCUGAGCACAAACAGAAAGCCAAAGAGGUUAGGCUAGGAGAGAAGGAAUUGGGGAGCCCAGAAGAUUCAGAGGAGUUGAUCACUGUGGAUGCUGUUGGCUGUUUUGAAGAUGAUGAUGAGGAAGAGGAGGAGGAGGAGGGAGGAGCUGGUGAGGAGGAAGACCAUGAUGUAGUGCUGAUGGAGAAUGAGGAUUCUGCUGCCAAGCAGACUGGGCUGAAGGAAGUGUCUUUGGAGGAUUACGAAGGAAGUGAGAAGUAUUGUCCAGACACAGCCUAUGGCCUGGAUUUUCUGGUCCCCGUCGCAGGUUACCUCUGCAGGCUGUGUCACAAAUUCUACCAUAGCGACUCCGCUGCCCGGCUCGCACACUGCAAGUCCCUGAUGCAUUUUGAGAACUUUCAGAGAUACAAGGCAGCAAGGCAUCGUGCCACAACUGCCUACCCCGAGGCUCCUUUGCAUUCCCAGGGCUCCAGCUCCCAAUUGCUGGAUGAUCCAAAACAGCCUCUUGCUACAGCAGCACAUACCAGCAAGAAGAUGAAUGAUGAUCAUGGGAUAGAUAAGGAGGGCACAGAGCUGCCAGCCCUGCAAGAACAAACUUCAAGGUCUCUGGAGGAAGAAGAAAGUCUCCAGGAAGAGAACAAGUCCACUGCCACUAGUGCCGACUGCCUGUUCUCUGAGGAGAGCCACCCCCCAGGGGAGUCACUGGGACCUGAGGAAGAAGCCAACACAGCCAGGCAGAGGGCGGGCACAGACGACCACCAGGAUCCAGGGAGUGGAGGAGGCUUAGGACAGGAGGAGGCAGCAGAUGCAGGCCAGGAGGCAGCAGCAGAGCCUUCCUCCCUCGCCAAAGGUGAGACAGCUGGUCUCACCUCUGCUGGGUGCAGACGCUCUUCCAGGCGCAAACCCAGAUAGAGUGGCCUUAAAGGAGAGCCCUUUACAUAUGAUAUUUGCUGGAAAUGUUUAUUUUCUGAGUCUUUUAAUAGAGCAAAACCUUCAACUUUACUGCUGUUUUUAUUUUAAGAAUAAAUAAGCCUGGCUUUAGCGUGUCUAAUACAGGAUAGUGUUGCUUAUUACUUGUACAGUUGGGAUACAGCAGUUACGUGGAAAGACUGAGGUUUGGAUUGUUGAACCUGAAAGAAGAUGGUAAUGGGAUUUCCAUAGGGGACAAACUUCACGGAGUGAUGGAUGCAGACUUAAGAAUUCUUUGUAGUUCCUCUCAUUUCCUUUCCAGGCAGAGAAAGUGUUUAUCUCUUGAGAGACUCCGCUGAAUUCUGCUUUUCAGCACACUUUCCUUCCUAAGACACACUGUUGGACAAGCAGUCUUGGACAAGUCCUAAGCUAGGCAAAAACAUGCACCUUGGUCCUUUGUUAAUACUACAAGGCUUAAUCCAAUUUGUUCUCAUAGCGGAGACUCUCAGGAACAAAGUUUGUUUCAAACUGAUUUUAAUAAAACACAUUUCUUUUAAA